AGGUCAAAUGAAAUCAUUUCCCAUCACAUCUUCACCUGCGUUGAAUCUACUAGCGGAAACCCUUCGAUAAGUAAACUUUCAAUUUUACAAAAAUUAAUUUCAACGCUAAAAAAAUCGAACUUCCUCUGUAACCCACGCUGGUUAGUACGAGAGGCCGACUCUAUUACUUUUAUUAUGUCUACAGAGAUUAUUAGAGAAAUGUCUGUCUUGACUAUUCUUUCAAUCAACAAAGUAUUUAUGCAAAUAGCUUUGAAGUAUUCAUCUCACGAUCAAUUUUGCUUACUUUUUAGUCACGCGCAAACUGUGCUCUCAACGCUGCGGGAGCCUUGGUUGUAAUGUCUUUAUCUACUUUCUCAACGCAGUGCAAAACCAUUUAUACUCAACACUAAACAAGGUAAUCAACCACAUGUCCCGUGCUUCAAAAAGAAGUCUUCCUCGUCACUGGAUUGGGUAAACAGGCACAUUCCAGCGUGCCCGAGGAAUACGCUUCGCUGCGCUAGGCACGCGUUCGAAAUUCGUCUGUUGCGAAGAGAAAUAGAUCCAUCUUGCCGUUUUGUAUCUGUAUCCCCGCACGGCUGGCAGAUAUGAAUUGUAGAAUCUUGAUGACCACGGUUGUAUUUCUUCUUCUCACGGUCCAUGGAGAUGCCAAAAAAAAGAAAGCAAAUCUGACUAAGACUCAAAGUUGUCGACGGAAUUGUCCUUCGGGUCAAGAAUGUCUUGUCCAAUCAGACAAUACUGAACGGUGUGUUUGUGCGUCACGAUGCAAAAAAAGGCACAAACCUGUGUGUGGAAAGGAUGGAAUCCUGUAUGUGAAUCAUUGUGAACUGCACAGAUCCGCUUGUUUGACUGGCAAGAAGAUAGGCAUCGACUGGGAGAAGGCUUGCUUGAAGAAAAAGGCUAAAACGAAGGAUUGCCCCGAGGAGAAAUUAUCCGAAAUGAAACGACUCAUACUGGAAACCUUUGAAAGAGAGAUACACAGGAAGGUGACGAUAAACAUCCUGAUUGACGAGUUGUUCUUCCGGUACGAUAAAGACAACGAUCACAGCAUCAGUGGUUAUGAGUUAAAAAGUCUGGUCACCGACUACAUUAUGUACAAUAACAUCAAGGAACUCUUACAAAUUUGCCAUUCGACACAAUGGUUAAACACUGCGGAUAAAGAUGUGGAUGGAUUUCUCUCUAAAUAUGAAUUUUCAUGGAGUUUCGGAAGCACACCAAAGGUUUUUAUGGUAAAAAAUGACGAGAAACCGAUGUCGGGUUCAAAUCUUACUCUCCGAUGCCAAGUGCACGGUUAUCCAGUUCCUGCGAUCACGUGGCGAAAAGACGAUGUAAAGUUGAACUCCAACAAUCGUGUUUUGACCAAAAAAGAUGGGGAGCUUGUUAUAAAGGGGCUCACACAAAGUGAUAAUGGUUUAUAUUCAUGCGAGGCCUCCAAUGACUUUGGAAUGGACCGUAAGCAGGUUGAGAUCAGUGUCCAGGAGCCAAUUAAAGUAGCCCCGGCUAUUCCUGGGAGUCACAUGUUUUACGUCUUCGCAAACGAUGGUGUUCACGUCAUCGAUCCCAAGACAGCUUCCACUGUCACUCACAUUAGCGCUGAUCACGUCAUAAAUGGCACAUCAUCGUCCAUUUGUACCGGGACCCGAGAGAGACCCUGUAACUGGGGUGGAGCAGUGAGUGUAAAUUCGCAAUACAUCUACGCAGCGGAUUUCCUAGGGCGUAGAAUCCUUGUGCUGAAUAUUGCCGCGCAAAGAUUCGUCCAAGAAGUGCCCACCGAGGACUUUCCUUACAAAUUGAAGUACUUCAGAUCUCUGGACACUGUAUGGAUCCUAAGCUGGGGAAACAGUUCCCUUGAUGUGCUCACUGAAGACGAAGACGACAUCGGAACACUUUCUGUGAUAAACGAAGCUGGUAAAGUGACUCUUCACUCAUCAAUCAAGGCGCAAAUGAUUGAUGGCAUUCCCAGGCCAGCGCAUGACUUCUUUGAAGCAGGGAACUGCGAGUUGACAAACGAGGAAAGCAAGUAUGCUUACGUCACUCACAUAAUGGAACCAGGCAUUCAUGAAGUGGACCUGGUUACCAAGCAGUAUUCCAAGUUUUACAAUCUUAGUGAUUACCAGUGCUACGGAACAAUCGGUUUAGUUUUAUCACAACCUUUCAAAUACGCUUUCGUCCAGUGUUACACAAACGAGGAACGUGACUCUAAAGCACAAAUGGUAAUGGAUCUAAGAGAAACACAAAUCAAGGCGAUAAACUCAUUUAACUUUGGGACACCAUUCGUGUCUCCAGAUGGAAGUUUUGUCAUAACAUUGAAUUUUUACGCGAUUUUAACGCAGUACAUCGAUCCAGCGGGGCAGAUUUACUUAUUUAAUGAUAUAGAAUCCGACAUCCUGCUAAGUCACCUCGCCUUCAGGCCACGAGACGCUGGCUAUGACGUGUAUGUGACGUCAAAAGAUCAACCGACGAUAAUUGUGCUGCAUGUAGAUCCCAGAGGCAUAAAAAUAAUUAAGUUCAUUUCGACAGUAGGCAAACCGUCGGGAACGAGGGACUGGAUCCACACCGAGCGUCCAAUCGUAAUUGGCUGCGAGUCUGACGCCCGUUACCUAGCAACACCCGCCACGGGCGAGGACGCAGUGGUAAUUUUAGACGCUGAAAAGCGGGAGAUGCAAGGAAGAGUGGAAGAGAUUAAAGAGGCUCGUACCAUCGUAUGGGUUGGCCGUGAACGGAGAUAAAACGACAAAGAACCUCAUUUUCCUGUUGGCAAUUGACCAAAAUUGUAAAACUGUGAAAUGUUUAUAAGUUUUUAGAGUUUGAUUAGAAAAAGAAAGUUUCAAUCCAAGGUCCAUCAUGUUGAAAAUGACGAUGUGUAAAAGGUAUAUCAUUGGAGAUUAUUGACCAAAAACUAAUUUCUAGAUGGUCUCAAUGAGGUUCAUCGUGAGCCCUAAAAUGACCGAGAGAUUUAGCCGUUAGGCGUAAAAAAUAUCAAAAAUUAGCUGUCAGUCGUAGAAAAAAA